AUGGCCCAACAAGAAUAUAAGCUUCUGGGCGACAAACUUUUCACAUACAAGGGCACAGUAUUUCCAGUAGAUGACACCCUGGAGCUGACGACGGAGUACAUUGACAGCCUAGAGAGCUUCGAGAUCAGAGACAGCGAUGUCUUUGUGGUUACAUUCCCCAAGUCUGGUACGGUAUGGACACAGCGCAUCAUCACUCUCAUUUACGAGGAGGACUUCCCGGACCAGGCCGACCAGAUCUCCUACCUGCGCAUGCCCUGGCUGGAGUAUAUGCAGAAGGGCGCGGACUACACCACGCGGCCCUCUCCCCGCCUCUUCUGCUCCCACCUGCACCCCCACCUCAUGCCCCGCGGGCUGCAGCAGGGCCGGGGCAAAGUCAUCUAUGUGAUGAGGAACCCCAAGGAUGCCAUGGUGUCGUAUUUUCACUUUGCCAAAUUCAUGAAGAAGCUGGACUCUCCUCCUGACUAUGACGACAUGUUGGAGAAGUUCUUGUCUGGGUGGAUGGUUGGAGGGUGCUGGUUUGAUCAUGUCAAAGGAUGGCACACCAACAAGGACAAAUACAACAUCCUGUUUCUGACUUAUGAGGAGAUGAUCAAGGAUCUAAGGUCGGUCAUAGUGCGGCUCUGUGACUUUGUGGGGAAGAACCUGUCAGACGCAGCCAUAGACAGCGUGGUGGAGCGGGUCACAUUCAACAACAUGAAGAACGACUCCAAAGCGAACUAUGAGUUCCUUCCAGAGGGUAUAAAAGAUCCCACUAAAGGAAAGUUCCUGCGUAAAGGAACCAUCGGGGACUGGAAGAACUGUCUGACGGUGGCCCAGAGUGAGUGCUUUGACCAGGUCUACAAGGAGAGGAUGAAGGACGUUCCUCUCCAGUUCGUCUGGGACAUUAAGGAGCUGCAUGGUUGAGCAUCUGACAACUCAACCUACCACAUGAACACACAUGAAUUCUGCGAUAGAAAACCACUGGCAGUUUUUAACCGCUUCAUACUCAGUAUCAAUUUCAAAUUGUUGCCUGAAAUUGCACAGCGUCUGCUUUAGAGGCCACU